AUGGAUGGCGGCAGCGGUCUGAAUAUUCUUUACGCUGAAACUCUCAAGGGGAUGGGCAUUCCGAUGUCCAAGCUUAGUGAAAGCAACAUGAGCUUUCACGGUGUUAUCUCUGGAAAGAAGGCUGAAUCACUCGGCCAGAUAACUCUUGACAUGUUGAAGAUGCCUGGUCCAAGAGGCGUGAUCACAGUUACUGGCAAUCGGCAGAAAGCAGAAGAGUGCCUUCAGAAGGGCUCAAAAAUUGCUGAUGAACAGAUGGCAGCAGUUGAAAUGGAAGAAUACAAGAAGAACGCAGAUCCGAGUGAUUUGUUGAGAGCCAAGAAUCCUUCUUCUGAUACUGCAUACAAGUCGACUGGUGAAACAAAGGCAGUUCAUGUUCACCCGACUGACCCCAAUGCUGCUCCUACUCACAUCUCAACAACGCUCGACAGCAAAUAG